AAUAGAAUUUAUCAAAAUAAACUAGCGCUUUUGAACUAACACGGAAUGAAGAAGCAAACUUGUCAAAAUCAUAUGAUAUGAUUAUGAUAUGAUAGUAAACAAGUUGAGUUUAAGACUGAUUUUAUUUGGGAAUCGAAAUCAAACCAAAAUCAGCCAGUCAAAUAAAUUUGCUUUAUCUCGCUGCCAUCUUCCUGGCGGAGGGAUCUAAUGACGUCACUUGUUGUUUGGAGGAAAGAAAGAAAGAAAGAAAGAAACACGGCACGUAGACCUGAAUCUCUGGAUCUGUUCUUUUUUUUUUUUUUAAAUCACUCCAACAAAUUUUAUGUCUGAUUAGACCCGAGCCAUGUCAACCCCGGCAAGGAGGCGAUUAAUGAGAGACUUCAAAAGACUUCAAGAAGACCCACCAACUGGUGUAAGUGGUGCUCCGUCCGAAAACAAUAUCAUGCUGUGGAAUGCUGUUAUUUUUGGACCUGUAGGAACACCGUUUGAGGAUGGAACAUUUAAACUUGUGAUAGAAUUUUCAGAAGAAUAUCCAAACAAACCUCCUACAGUUCGGUUUAUUUCCAAAAUGUUCCACCCAAAUGUUUAUGCAGAUGGCAGUAUAUGUUUAGACAUUCUUCAGAAUCGCUGGAGUCCUACAUAUGAUGUGUCCUCUAUUCUGACAUCUAUCCAGUCCUUGCUGGAUGAGCCUAACCCAAACAGCCCAGCCAACAGCCAGGCGGCACAACUCUAUCAAGAGAACAAACGAGAGUAUGAGAAGAGAGUUUCUGUUAUUGUGGAGCAAAGCUGGGCAGAUUCUUAAUGUUCAUAAGUUUAAUGCUCAAAUACCAUUUAUCAGGUUUUUCUUCUUCUAUUUAACGUAUCUCGGACACACUCAAAACAAACUCGUCCGUUACAUCUGGAAAUCCAUUAUUUAGGGACUCUUUGCCGGUGUUUUGCUGCAAGCAGAAGUGAUUGUGCUUUUGGUUUCAACUCCAUUUUUUCCCCCCAGGUUUCAUGAUAAAUUAUUCUUAAGCAUUUAUAGUGUUUAACUGUAUCUCCAGAACUAUUGGCACUCUUGAGAAUUGUGCAAAAAUUAAUGUAUAAAAAGAAACACAUUCAAUAUUUUGAGAGUAACAUUUUUCAAAAGUUUUUUUUUUAUUGGUGAAUCAAAUAAUAAAGAGUAAAACAGAAGAGACUAUUAGUUUUGUGCACAUAGAGUCGACCUCUUCAAUUUAGCUUUCCAUCCUGAAGAGAACACAAUUCAAAUGAUUGUUCCAGUAAUAUGUUUAGGUUCUGCUUGUUGUUUGUUCUCAGGAAGGAUCUGGUUUCCUUCCAAAUACUUUAUUGAUCAUUUAUUUAAAAACAAACCGGUUUAACUGUAUAGUUCUAAACUUUAUGUUUUUGAGCAUGUCAUGACACAAUGCUCAUAAAUCCUCUUUCUGCAAAAAUUUACAGCUGUUGGAUUUUUUAUGAUGUUCCUGAUUGUUCUUUAUGGUAUUUUAACUGUAUGAUAUUUUUAUAUCCAGCUGCAUUAAAACCCUACUGUAAUCUAUGACAAUGGGGUUUUAAAAAAAAAUAAAGCAAAACUGUGUUCUCUUA